AUUUGCUUCUUAAACCAUAGUAAGAGAAAUGUUUUUCAUCACUUUUUUAAUUAUCUCAUAUUUAUCAUCAGUGGAAGCCCAUUCCGUAGUGACAGAUAAAGUAAUGGACAAGACAAUUUUAAAAUUUUUGUUGAAUCAGGAUAUUUUAAUGAAAUUAAUUCUUACCGGGAAUACCGAUGGCUCCCAGCAAUCUCUUGCAUUACAUGAAGCUCUGGAAGAAAAAGAAAUGGCAAAUGAAACAAACACUCUGUUGAAAGAAAUAUUAAACCUUGUUAUAAGCCUUAGAAAUGAACAGUCCGAAAGCAGAGGUGUUUUUCAAAACGGCCUGGCAAAACUUAAAGAAACUGUUUUAAUCCAGUCAGAAGAAACGAGAAAACUACGAGAAAGACUUGAGCUUACAGUUAUCACGACUCCUUUGCCUGUGAGAGAUAUAAAAAACUCGAGUGAAGAUUCAGGAUCUGUUGGAGAGAUUCAACAGACACCUAUUGCUUUCACGGCUCUCUUGAGUGGUAAAGACAUUAAAUACGACGCUGGUGACACAGUUAUCUACAAUUCUAUAAAAGUCAACAAAGGGAAUAAUUAUGACGGAAGCACUGGGAUUUUUACAGCCCCGGCUGCCGGUGUUUAUUUUUUCACCUGGAGCACCUUGACCUCACCAAGUGUAGGACUGAAUACAGCAAUUGUGAAAAACAAAUCAUCGGGUUACCUUGCAUUCUGCUACUGUUCCGCGUUUCAAAACACAUACACUAUGUGUUCUCAAUCAACAACCGUGGAAUUGGUGCCCGGAGACAGGAUAUGGAUUGUUGCAUACGCAAUGUCGGCACAGAAACUUCAUGGAGGAGUUUGGCCUGCGUUUUCGGGAUUUAAGUUGUAGACUAUUUUUCACUAUUUGAACGAAAACUCAAAUAAAUUUACAUUUUUUUUAAUUCACAAUGUCAGAUCUAUUGUAUAUUGUGUUAUAGGAAGUAGAAUUCGAGUAAAUUAUGUGUAGCAAAUUGUACUCCUGGCACGCCAGGUAAGAAUGAAAGGAAAACCUUCGUGAAAAACUUUAUCCCGAUUUUAAAAUAUUGUCUGUAACUUAACAUAUGGUAUGAUUGGGACUCUGACAAAGCUACAUAAUAUCAAUAAAUUUGGUGUUAGUGUGAUUGUUGAAACCUGACACUGUUUAAAAUCACA